AUGCAGUUAAAUAAUGUAUUUUGGGCAGAUGCCCGCAGUAGAGCUGCGUAUGAAUCAUUCGGGGAUGUCAUUGUCUUUGAUACAACAUAUCUGACUAAUGUAUAUAAGAUGCCUUUUGGACAGUUUGUAGGUGUGAACCAUCAUGGACAGUCAGUUUUAUUGGGGUGUGGAUUGAUAUCCAAUGAGGACGCUAAUACAUUCGAGUGGUUAUUUGAAUCAUGGUUGAAGUGUAUAAAUGACCAACCACCAAAUGCAAGCAUCACAGACCAAGAUAAGACCAUGAAAAUUACAAUUUCGAGGGUGUUUCCAAUGUCUAGGCAUCGCUUCUGCUUGUGGCAUACAAUGAAAAAGCUUCUUGAGAAGUUUGGAUCACAUUCUCGAUAUGAGGAAAUCAAGAGUACUCUGCAUAGGUGCAUUUAUGACUCUUUCAGCGAGCUUGAAUUCGAAUCACAGUGGCACGAUAUACUCGAUACUUAUGAUCUGCAUGAGAAUGCAUGGUUGUACGAUUCAACCCUCAUGAGGAAGGCAGAGAAUGAAGCAAUUGCUGAUUUUAAUUCAUUUAACAAGGAGAUUCCGUGCAUCACUCGCUAUCCUCUUGAGAAAAGUACAUUCGAAGUUGCCGAUGAGAUUCGAGUUGGUGAUGACUUGUUAAAGCAUGCAACCUUCACUGUCAAAAUUGAUGAAGACCCCCUCGAUGUUAAAUGCAGUUGUAAGUUGUUUGAGUUUAGGGGCAUAUUAUGCAGACAUGCUCUUCGUAUCUUGACUCAGCUAGGCAAUCAUAUAGUACUAUCAAAAUACAUCUUAGAUCGGUGGAGGAAUGUUGUAAAGCGAAAAUACACCUUCGUGAAAAGUAGUUACGACACUAGUAGCAUUGAUGAUGCCCGAAGGUACGAUAGGAUCCAGAAUUGCUUCUAUGAACUGUGUUUCAAUGCUUCAAAGUCCGAGAGCAAUUGUGUGAAAUUGAUUAAUCAGAUAGAACAGUUGAAGGUACAGUACCCUGGUAUUGCUGAUCCAGCUACUUCCAUGGGGGGCACAACAGUUGAUCCAGAUACUUCCAUAGGGGGCACAACAGUUGAUCCAGCCAUGUCCAUGGGAGGCACAACAAGUAGAGUUCUUAGUCCGUUGUACAUGCCUCAUCAAAUAUACACUAUGGAUUUUUUUGGUAUUGGACAGGCUGCUCCUCCCUCACAGGCGCAAUGGAGAGGAUUGCAUGUCUCGGACCAGGAUAAUGAUGCGAGAAAUUAA